GUAGUCAAACUCGAGCAUGAAAUCCACGUUCGGCAUUACAUUUACUAGCUAUUCUCACGCGGGUACAAUUGCUUCACGAUGACGUUUUAUGUUCGAGUUAGUGUUUGUAUUUUCGUGUUCUUCGCCGCAUGCGUCUUACCGAUGAUCCGAGGAGAGGACAUGCACAAGUAUGUGGGAGUCGCCAGGUGCCGUGCUGAAUGCGUCGAUAAACUGAUACCAGAAUCUAAUAUAGGGGAUGAGGCCUGCAUGAACGACCAAAGCUGUUUCAUGUGCUGGGAGACCUGCUCUAUGCUUUAUAUGGAUUACCAGGUGUGGGGAAUGAUGUGUAAAGUCCCAGAACUUUGUUACGAAGGUUGCCAAGUGUCCUGCCGUUUUUCACGAAGAGCACGUGCUUCGAGACGCAACAUCUGCCGACAUCGGACGUCAACAAACUCGCAGUUCAGAUGGAGGACUCCGAUACUGAGCUAGUGCUACAGUGGGAGCCGGAGGGAGUGCCUAUAGACAGGGCCGUCGUCUACCAGCUGACGUGGCGCGAAAACGAACACAGUGACUGGAUGGGAAUCGUACAGACGCGUGAGAUUGAACACCGGCUACAGAAGAUCAACUUCCCCGACAAGUUUCAGCUGCAGAUCAUGGCCGUCGACUCGAAGGGCAUCCUCUCUGUAACGGGCAGCCAGUACCCAG